UUAGGGAUAUUUGAGCCUCCUCUAUCUGGAUGUCUAAUCUCUUGUUAGACCUGGACCCACAGGCCCUGCAGGACAGAGACUGGCAGUGCACCGUCAUCGCCAUGAAUGGGAUUGAAGUAAAGCUCUUGGUCAAGUUCAACAGCAGGGAGUUCAGCUUGAAGAGGAUGCCAUCCCGAAAACAGACAGGGGUCUUCGGAGUCAAGAUUGCUGUGGUCACCAAGAGAGAGAGGUCCAAGGUGCCCUACAUCAUGCGCCAGUGCGUGGAGGAGAUCGAGCGCCGAGGCAUGGAGGAGGUGGGCAUCUACCGCAUGUCCGGAGUGGUCGUGGACAUCCAGGCACUGAAGGCAGCUGCGAUGUCAGUGAAUAACAAGGAUGUGUCGGUGAUGAUGAGCGAGAUGGACGUGAACGCCAUCGCAGGCACGCUGAAGCUGCACUUCCGUGAGCUGCCCGAGCCCCUCUUCACUGACGAGUUCUACCCCAACUUCGCGGAGGGCAUCACUCUUUCAGACCUGGUUGCAAAGAAGAGCUGCAUACUCAACCUACUGCUAUCCCUGCCGGAGGCCAACCUGCUCACCUUCCUUUUCCUUCUAGACCACCUGGAAAGGGUGGCAGAGAAGGAGGCAGUCAAUAAGAUGUCCCUGCACAACCUCGCCACUGUCUUUGGCUCCGAGCUGCUCCAGCCUUCCGAGAAGGAGAGCAAGCUCCCUGCCAAUCCAAGCCAGCCUAUCACAAUGACUGACAGCUGGUCCUUGGAGGUCGUGUCCCAGGUCCAGGUGCUGCUGUACUUCCUGUGGCUGGAGGCCAUCCCUGCCCUGGACAGCAAGAGACAGAGCAUCCUGUUCUCCACCGAUGUCUAAAGGUCCCAGUCCAUCUCCUGGAGGCUGACAGACAGCCUGGAAACCUCUGGCUAAUCAGGCCAUCUGUAGAGUGGGAAUCAAGAUUUUCUGAGGCAUCCUUGGGCCACCCCCAAGUGUCAGGCCAUCUGCCAAGAGACAGCGGCCCAAAGCGGAAGGACAGGUGGCCUGGGCAGGUCCCGCCCAGGUCUGAGAGCCCCAGGCUGGCCUCAGACUGUGGGUUUUUUAUGUGGCCACCCGAGGGCGCCCCCAAGCCAGUUCAUCUCGGAGUCCAGGCCUGGCCCUGGGAGACAGGGUGAAAGGAGUGGUUUUUAUGAACUUAACUUAUAGAGUCUAAAAGAUUUCUACCGAAUCACUUGUCGAGAUGUGCCCUCUCUGGGGAGGAGGGAACAUGACCGGAUUCCCUCACUGUUGUAUCUGAAAUAAACGCUGCUGCUUCAUCCUGUGGGGCCAUGGCCUGUGUGGGUGGAGCCUCUUCCAUUUCCCUGACUUAGAAACCACACUCCACUUAGAACAGGGUUGGAGAGGCUUAGUCAGCACUGGGGAGCGUUUGGACUCCAUUCUUGCCUUUCUUCUUUUUCUUUCCAGAAGGAUUUUUGUGCAGAAAUGGGUCUUUUGUUGACGUGUUUGUCCUCCUUGGAAGGCAGCUCCAGGAGGCCCGUGAAAUGUCGGGGGACAGGACCCCCAGGGAGGGAAUCCCAGGCUACGCACUUUAGGGUUCGUUCUCCAGGGAGAGCGGCCUCGUCCCCCGAUCCUGACCGCCCUUCCGGCCCACGCUCUCGUGUUUGGCUUCCACAGGCCUGGACUUCUCUGGCUUCUCUGCCCACACACUCCCUGCCCCAAGUGUCCCUGCCCCUGCCCCAGCACAGCUGACUCCAUUUCUGUCCUCUCAGCUCAGCGGACUGGCUCAACUUUUGUAAAAGUCUCCACUUGGUGAUAGCAGCUUGCUGAUGACUUGUUUUAAAACUUUCAUCCUAAAUAACCUUUUGAUACUUGAAUAUUUUUAAGUUUUAUACGUAGUUUCUAAUUUUUUUCCCAACAGAUCCAGAUACCUAAUAAGAUGCUGGAAUGUAAUCCCUGGACAAUCCGUGUCCUGGCAGCAUUUGGUCUUCCUCUAAGCG